AUGAAGUCCCAGUUUACCUCAAUUGGAGAGGACUGUGGAGGACCAGAACCAGCCAGGAACUCACAUCCACUUUUACAACCAGAGACUGAAGACUUUCCUGAACCUGGACAGCUAUCUAGCUUUGCCGUGGCCUCACAAUGUUGCCAACAAAGGAAUGAGAGCAGAGAACCUCAGUCGGGUUUGAACUCUCAGAAAAAGAGCAGGUAUCAUUCUCGUGAGAAAUCAUUUCGCUGCUCCGAGUGUGGGAAACAAUUCAACCAAAACUCAAACCUGAAGACACACAUGCGGACUCACACAGGAGAGAAGCCGUUCAGCUGCCCCUUCUGUGCUAAAAGGUUUGGCCAGAAGGCACAUCUGCAGAACCAUUUGAAAUGUCACACGGGCGAAAAGCCAUACAGGUGUUCAGUCUGUGGCCGGCGUUUUUCGAGGUUUGAGCAUAUGAAGUUACACAUGAGAACGCACACAGGGGAGCGGCCAUUCAGCUGUGCCAGUUGUGGAAAAAGAUUCACCUGGCUUCAUCAGUUCAAAACGCACAAGUGUGGGGGUAAAUCAUCCCGGCUGCAGGAGGAACUGUGGAGCAGUCAGGAGGGAGAGCAGCUUCAAGGGCUGGAGGAGGCUGAUAUCACCAAGUUCCCAUUCACUCCUGUCCCUGGGAAGAGUGAAGAUGAUGAAGAGGAAGCUCAGUCCUCACAGCUUCAUCAAAAUCAGUCGCAUCCAGACAGUUUUGACUCACAUGGACUCGUGUGUAACCCAUUCAUUGGACAGUUCUGGUGAUGUAACCCUGUUGUCUUGAAGGCUACAUUUACACCGCUACAUUUUUGAGUUUUGAGCCAAAAGUGAUCUCCGGUCACCAAGUGCUUUUAGCUCCAGGAGAAGAACUAAGGCUUCCUUUCUCCCUUUUCACUAGGCCCUGUUCCCAAAAUGAAUACUGUUUGGUGUCUGCUUAAUCCUUAAUUUCAGUGUAAUAUUCAUGUUAUUGUUUCAGUUUGUUACUUUAUUAUUUGACAUAGGCGUGUUCAGCAGGUUUUAUGGGUUCAUAGGGUUUUGCUAUGGUUCUGCCAGUGAUGUGGGGGGGUAGAUCAGCUGCUCACCAGCUUAAUCGGGGAGAGUGGAUGCAGUUUUGCCUCAUUAGUUCCUUUCUGUAGGGAGGAGCUGGGCAAUCCUAAGGUGUAGAACAAUACGUACGAUAGUUCUGCAGUAAACCACAUUUUUAUAAUAUUUGGGGUGCCUAUUGUUUAAUAUAUAUGUAUAAAUAUGAAUGUCAGCAGUAACUGAUAUAUCCAAUUGUAAUGAUGUUUUGAGAAACAAAGUGUUAAUGUUGCUUGCUCAGGUUAGCUCACCCCUGUGCAGUUGGUAUGGUCCAAUUAGGGGAGGCAGAGAUAAAAAGGCUUCAGGAGAAGAAAGAAGAGACCUGGCAGCUUGCUUUGAGGUUGCAGUUUUGUUUGUUUGCUGUUA